AUGACUGCGCAGCGGCAAUAUGGAACAGUCCCCAAGGACCUAGGUGUUACGAAUAGCGACGCUGAAGGAGAAACAAGCAAGGACUCGCGAACUUUGGAGAGCCUGGGAUACAAGCCAGUUCUGCACAGAAGUUUCAACGUUUUCCAUAACUUUGCAACAACUUUUGCUGCUCUUUACUUUAUCGGCGGUGUCCGUGUGACAUUUUCAACUGGCAUUGCGGCAGGCGGAAACCUUGCUUACUGGACAAGCUUCAUUGUGACUUGUGUCUUCACGUUCAUCACCGCCGCUGUAAUUGCAGAAAUUUGCUCAUCACUCCCUCUCGCUGGAUCUAUCUAUUUAUGGGCAGCAGAGGCUGGCGGGCCUCGGUAUGGAAGGCUAUUUGGCUUUGUUGUUGCGUGGUGGAGCACCACUGCCUGGACAACGUUUUGUGCCAGCAACACGCAGUCAGCAGUCAAUUACAUGCUUUCAGAAAUUGCAGUCUUUAACCUAGACUUCCCAUCCGACUCGUCAAGCGUAAAGUUUAGAGCUAUUCAAUGGAUUGCAACCGAAGUUAUGCUCGCUCUGGCAGCAAUCUGGAACCUCCUACCACCCCGUUAUUUCAAGUGGAUUUUCUACUUGUCAACUUCUUUUGUACUGCUGGAUUUUGUACUGAACAUGAUCUGGCUGCCCAUUGCGACCAAGAACACCAUUGGUUUCCGCUCAGCUCAUGACGCAUUUCUCACAACCUACAAUGGAACAGGCGCUCCGGACGGGUGGAAUUGGUGCCUUUCUUACCUUGCUACUGCCGGAAUUCUCAUUGGCUUUGACGCGUCCGGUCACGUCGCUGAGGAGACCAAGAAUGCCAGCGUUGCAGCGGCCCAGGGUAUCUUCUGGAGCACUGUCACAAGUGGUGUCGGGGGCUUCAUCGUCGUUAUACUUUUCUUGUUUUGUGUCCCCGACGCCGACACACUGUUCUCCUAUGGUGGCGCCCAGCCUUUCGUGCCACUGUACGCGGCUAUCCUUGGCCAACAUGCGCAUAUCUUUAUGAACAUCAUCUGCAUUGUUGCUCUUUGGUUUAACACCGCAAUCGCUAUCCUUGCUGCCUCUCGCCUUGUCUUCGCAGUUGCCAGAGACGGUGUUCUGCCUUACUCCUCUUGGGUGUCUAAAGUUGUUGAUGGUCAACCUCGUAAUAGUGUGAUUGUGGUUUGGGCAACCGCAUCUAUAAUCACCUGUACAAUCCUUCCAUCGUCUGUAGCUUUCACUUCCCUCGUCUCUGCAGCAGGUGUUCCGUCAGCGGCUGCCUACGGCCUUAUUUGCCUCGGUCGCCUUUUCCUCACGCCAAAAACAUUUCCCAAGCCAGCUUGGAGCCUUGGAAAAUGGAGCAAGCCUUUCCAAGCUAUUGCUGUCAUAUGGAACGGAUGGGUUGUUGCCGUGUUAUUCUCCCCUUACGCUUUUCCUGUGGAAGCAUCAACGCUAAACUAUGCUCCCGUAAUCAUGGGAAUCGUAACAAUCUUUGCUGUUAUCUCUUGGUGGGUUAUUCCUGCAGAUAAAUGGUUACCUUCCCAGCGUAUUCAAGCGACUUUGGACGCAGGUGAAAGGCCUCUAGUUGAAGACUGA